UGUAUUUAUAAUAUUGGCAAUUUACACAUGUACACAUAUUGUAUGUGCUAAUGGCUAUUCGAAACUCGUUAUUUCGCCAGUUACAAUAUACAUUGUCAAUAAAUGACGUAAUAUUCGAAAACAUACACAAAUCUAUUAUUAGUGUCCUUCCGGCUAUCAUCAACUGAACAUCAAAACUGAAUUCGUGCACAGAUUGUCGUGUACAGAAUUAUUAUCUUCGCUCAUAUAUCCAGCAUUAUUUCUAAGUGAAUAUAACGAUUUAAGUAUUUGAUAACUGUCAAUUGCAUCAGUAUAUUAUGUCCCGCAUAACUAAAAACUUGUUUAAAUUUGAUGACUUAUACACAGAAAAUAAUUAUAAUCAGUUUUUCAAUCCGAAUAUCUGUCAUGUCUGCAAGAAGCCGAAUCAAGACGAAUUAAAGCCAUGUGGUUUGUGCGGCAUGGUCUUUUAUUGUUCCACGGAGCAUCAAAUAAUGCAUCAAAGCUCGCAUAUGGAAGUCUGUGCAGUUAUGACAUUUGCAAGAACAGAAGACUUGGAAUUGAACGCUCGUCCUUUUAACUCAGAUGAUGAAUGGAUGUCAUUUCGAAAGAUAUUUAUGCAAGAAAUUCGGAUGAAAAUAACACGUGAUCUAAAGCCAUACGAGAAAGAGAUAAUAAUGUGCCCAAAAUCAUGUCUCAUUUGUCAUCAACAGAUUAGUCUGCGAACUUGCGGGACCUGCUAUUCCGCCAAUUAUUGUGACGAACACCAAUUGGAUUUUAAAAAAAAACACGUCUCAAUGUGCACGAGUUUAUUGGUAUUCCUCAAUCUUAAUCUUUUAAGUAUAAACAAAUAUAUUAGAAAUUCGUAUCCACAUAAUAUAAAGUUUACCCAAAUAAAAAUAGAUUUUGAUGACAUGCCUACAUUUGUUAUUCAAUACAUUAAUGACAAAGUAGGAAAUGUGAAAACUUGGAGUGAGAAAUCUUAUAUAUAUUCGGAUUAUAUGUCAGCUCCACUGACCCUAUUUUACGGGUUAAAGGAAUUCGCAAAUUCAUUUGAAGAAGCACAGAUUUAUAGACCAGAAUAUAAUGUUACCGAAUAUAUACGCACCAGAAGUUAUAUCUUUAUCGUACAUAUCAUAGGUGCGAGUUCAGCAGAUGUAACAGGCUUACCAUCAUGGGAGAUUUUCUUACAUAUAUACAAUCAAUUAGAAUUUUCACGAAAUAAAAUUAGGGAAUUACGAAUUAUAUUGGUAAUACCAGAAACAGAUUGUGACAGGAAUGAAUACUAUGAUGUUUGCACAAAUUGCUGCCAUAUCAAGAGGAAGCUAUAUCUUGGAAAUGCAAGAGUGUCAUAUGAGGAUUAUGUGCGCACAAAUUUGUAUAAACAAGCAAAUAUCAUUAUUGCAUUUCAAGCAGAAUUUAGUGUGGGAAAUGCACUGUUAAACAUUUUCAUCGCAACGCAAGAUCGUACAUGUCCGUUUUUUUUCACCACUGCGUCACAAAGUACAGCAGAAGAGAACAUAAGGAAGAUAGAAGAAGUUAUGAAUGUUCCUAGAGAACAUCGUUCUGUAGGAAAUAAAUUUCGAAGUUACAAACCGUAUAGAAACUACGAUACUGGUGAAAUUUAUUAUCGUAAUGCUUAUUUAGUUGUGAUCUUAUGAAUUUAAAUACUGCAAACAAAAUUCAAAAAAUUUAUUUCAUAUAUAACGGGGUUCGGAAUUACUUUCAGUUUGAGAAUGUUUUCGAGGCUACGUAUAUUUCCCUUUUCCACUCUAACUGGCUCGGAGGGUAACGGGAUUAAAAACUUUGUUACUUAACCUUCGGGCCAUUUUUAUGAAAUUUAUGUUAUUCAAAUAAAAUUUUAUUCUGCUAUUGAUAAUUGCCUCACGGGUUUUAGAAUCAACGGUAGUCAGGCUUGAAUCUUUAGCCAAGAUCAAUCGGCAAAAUGUACCUUAACCGAACAGAAAAUCAAUAUCCGUUAAUUUUUUCGUUAGUUUGAUUUUUUUUUCAUUGUGUUUUUAUAUACUUAUAUUUCUAUUCCUCUACUUGGAUAGGAUUGAUUUUGCAAUUUAGUUAUGAUUGUAUCCACAAUUUUCCAACAUUAUUGUUUAUUACAUAUAAAUUUGAUAGAAUUCGCGUAUAAAAAAUCACUUUGUUGGUAAAAUAUACAUUCACUGUCAAAUAUAUUGUCUUUACUUUCUUUCGCUUUAAAAGCGCGUAACAUAUGUUAUAGGGUUUUAUUAAUCGAUUUAAUGAAUAUUAUGUAUUUAAUGUGAAAUAAUGUUGUAAUAUCUUGCAUAGUAGCAAGAAAUCCUAUAUUUCAGAACUUUGAAGUUGCAAUUUAUCAGACAACUAAUUAUGGUGACAGACUGAGCAAACAUGAUAAAGGUCUUUUUCUAUAUGCGUUAUUUUCUAUCUCUUCCUGUUCGCCAUAUUCCUUUAUAAAUAUAAAUAUUCCAAUAUAAAUAUAUUUACUAUAUAUUUGGUUUGAUAAAAGCCAAAAUUCAAACUUGUAACACAAUAACCAAUAAGGCGAUGUAGAAAGAGAUCACGUAUAGAAUUUGUAUCUUGAUUAGAUUUCGGGAUCUCUCCGUGAGACAUUUUUAUAUUCCACCUGUAUGCUUUUAAUUGGGCUAAGUUUGCUUCUUCCGUUUAUAUUGUCCAAUUUCAAUAAUUGUAUGAAUGAAUAUUAUUUUAGUUAUUCGAAUAUAUAAUAUAAUCUAUAAAUAUAUCAAACACAGAUAAUCAUGCAUUUUAACGAAGCAACCUCCAGUGACCUUGACAUAUGUCAUAGACGUUACCCUUUCGAGUAACACUCAAAAAGUUUUAGGUAUCGCUCGUUGUUUCUUAAAAAAUUAUUAACGAAAGAAAUUGCAUAUAAUAAAUGUGAAUUUUUGGACACCGUAUAUAAAAAACAACGAAUUUGUAAGCUUGGAAGAUUCUUGCUACACACACACACAUACAUACACACUACUUGGACGUCCGUGCGCUCGCCUGCCCGACGGGUGACAAGACUGGUGAAAUUUAUUACUGUAAUGCUUCUUUAGUUGCGUUCUAAUGAAUUUAAAUAAAACAAGCAAAACUACAAAAAAUUUAGUUCAUAUUAAACAGCUUUCGGAAUUACCUUUAGUUUGGAAUGUUUUCAAGGCUAUAUAUACUUUGCUUUUCCACUCUAACUCGCCCGCAGGAUCGCGGGAUUAACAAUUGUAUUACUCAGCCUUAUAUGGAGUUUAUAUGGAGUUUAUGUUAUACAUAUAAAUUUUUAUUUGGCUAUUGAUAAGUGCCUCACAAAUAUUUCAGUUUCAACGGUCCUAAGGCUUGGCUCUUCAGUCGAGGUAGAACGGUAAAAUAUACCGAACAACUAAUCGAACAACUAAACCGAACAAAAAAUCAAGAUUCGAUUAUUUUCAUAUUAGUUUGAUUUUUAUCGUAACUUUAUAUUCUACUUGAACAUAAUUUUAUUUGCAAUUUAGUUAUGAUUGUUUCUGCAAUUUUGCAACAUUAUUCUAUAUUAUAUGUAAUUUAAAUAGUAUUCACGUAUAAAUAAUCACUUCGUUGAUAAAAAUUACACUGUCAAAUGUAUUGUCUUUACUUUCUUACCUUCAUAAAAUUUAGAAAAGAGACUCCCACAAAAAGUUUUAGUAACCAGCUACACCAAAAAUUUCCUAACAUAAAGUUAUAAAAAGUGAAGUCAC